AUGCCCUGGCAGCCGCUGCCUCUGUCGUAUGCGGUUGCCAUCUAUCCCUUCCAGCCGACAUCUUCUCCAUCCGAACUCCCUCUUCAGAUAGGAGACCAGUUAUAUGUCAUCGAGCAGGGAGGCAAAGAUGGCGCGUGGUGUCGAGGUUAUCUGGUCGCGCCGCCCACCUUGCUGUCGGCAUUGACUCCCGGCAUCAGGACCGCCGCCGAUGCCCGGGUUUUUUCUGGCAUCUUCCCCAAGUGUUGUAUCGAAAUUCGAGAACAACUCGGUCCAGAUGUGGACCCUCUCGUUCAGCCGGGCAAGCCAAAACCGCCCGCGCCAGUGCCCAUGUUGAAAAUCGGCGACGAGUCUCCGACGUCAAGCACCGAGCCGUUGGUAGAUGAAAUCACCUCCUGUUUGCGUGAGUGGUAUGUCCUGCACCUCCCCGAGCUGGUGUUGCGCCGAGAGUAUCAUCUUCUGGACCAGAUGUCGGACAUCACCACUCGACUCGACUAUGCCAGGAGGGAACUAUUAAAUGAUGUGCUCACCACUCAGGAAAGGCUGCAGGUGCGGAGGGAGGCUGUUUGGGAUCUGGUGCGAGGCAACAAAAUGCUUAGCGGCGAGGUCAUCGUUCGUGACCCGGCUCGACAAGGACGACUGUUGACGUCGCAGGACUCGGCCAUCGAGCUGGCAAAACUACAGUCGGUCAUGAGUGUACUGGAUACUACGCCCUCUGAAAAGUCCAAGGCAACUUCACUCCACCACUGUCUCCUUGAGGUCACGUCAGUUGCGGGCACUGAUCUCGACACGACAACACUGAGUCUUGCUCUGUAUCUCAAGGAUGCAGACGGAAAUCUCAAGCCUUUCUCGGAAACGUACAGUUCCAUCGCCAACUCCAAAAUGAAGACACUCCUGUCCGAUCUCAGUACCCGCGACAUUGGGACCGAUGAUCGCUUGUUCCUUGUCGUCAAAGUUGUGGUUUCAGAAUCUCCACGGAAGGCCAAAAAGAGAACAGUGGAAAGAGCGCCAUCGAGAAACGGAACUCUUCUUGGUCCACGGCAGUUAUCGCUCAGUAGACGGAGAUCCAGCUUGAUGUUUGGGAAGCGGCGCAAUGCAGACAGGCCGCAGCCCGGACAAAAUGGGAGAACCACUCCACAAUCUCAGGACAGGGCAUCUACUCCGUCAGUAAUUGAGGAAGAGGAAGAUGGGCAGAGCAAACCUGUUGGGCCCCCCGUUCCUCGGACCAUUGGCGUGGGCGUCUUGGAUAUUGCAAAGAUCAUGAGGGAUGGUCAGUCAAGGGAAGAAAGCGUCACCAUCUGGUCUGCAUCCCAGCGGGACGACGAGAAGCCUGGAGGUUCCAGCGACACAGCAGCACAGCUCCUGGAUAGUCCAGGCAAGGCUCUUGUACUGUCUAACCCCGUCUCCAGUGCUACGUUCAAAUUGACUCCUUACACUGCUCCUGAGGCAGACACUCUGAUCAAGAACACCCCCACGUUGAUGCAUAUGAUCACCAAAACUCAGAAGAUGGGUUUCUCAGAGGCCCCGUCCAAACCACGUUCAGACAUCUACCUCACGUUGAGCAAAGCAGUCUUGACCCAAGGCUCCUAUUUGUCUCAUCCUGAGGUAAAUGUGGCUCCGGUCAAGGCGCACUCCCUGCAGAACCUGCAACUAACCAUGGAGGUACGUGACAACGCCGGACGCCGCGUGGAGCAUUGUAUAUUUCCGUCGUCGAACGGAGCGGGAGUUACUGCCUUCCGAACGAAUGCCGUUGAACUCGACCACAAGUGGGACCAGACAUUAUGUUUGCGAGUGCCGACCGAGAAGGUCCCCGAAAGCCAUUUGGUUUUGAGUAUUGCGGAUGCUCCAGAGUUCCCGUUUGCACUGGCUUGGUUGCCCCUGUGGGAUAAGCAGGCGUUCAUUUCUGAUGGCAAGCACUCGCUCAUCCUGCACGCUUACGACAAGGUCACGUCGAGCAUUGUCCAUGGGCGCGGUGCAUAUUUGUCCUUGCCCUGGAACAAUGCCAACUAUAAGACGAUCCAUGAAGGUUCUUUGGCCACGAUUGCUUCCCUGGAAGUCUGUACACACCUGUGCAGUACAGAAUACUCGCAGGACAGAACCCUGGUCAGCCUGGUCAAUUGGAAACAUCAGACGUCGGUCCAGUUGUUGGAUAUCCUACAGAAACUCACGUUUGUUCCGGAGAUCGAGAUCGUCAAGCAACUUAGGGAGGUGUUGGACGCGUUGUUCGGAGUCCUUGUUCACAAGUCAGGGGAAUCCAAGUUUGAGGAUCUGAUAUUCAACGACAUCGUUUGGGUGCUCGGAAUCGUCCACGACCGACGGUUUAAUCUGGGUCCUUUGAUUGAGCAAUACACUGAGAACCAUUUCCGCUUUCCUUACGCCGCGGCAUGCCUGAUACGCAGUUUCACCAGACUUUUACAAAGCGUUUCGGACCCUCAAAGCGCCCGUGAUAUGAGAUCGUUGUUCAAGGUUGGCAAAAGCUUCAUGAGGAUUCUGAUCGUGUCAUACCAACAACGACGCUUUGGCUCGCAGCCAAGAGACAAUGAUGAGAAGCACUCGAGUUUCAAGCAAGACAUGCAGGCGAUUCUCUUUGGCCUACAGAUGAUGAUGCGCAGUGAGACUCCAGCACUUGUGGGUAGCAAGACGCUCCUUGUACAGAAAUUCCACGACUGGCUUCCAGAACUGCUGCCAGCUUUCAGCAAGGAGGAAGUGAUCAAAGUGGCGGUUGACUUUAUUGACGCAUGUGACGCAGCCUCUGGAAAACUGCUGUUAUAUAGAAUCGUUCUGAUCCUGAACUACACCAAGCUCGACCAGAUCUGGGUGGACGAGAAAGACCGGAAGAUGCUCGUUAAGCACUGUAUCCGGUGGCUUUCGCCAUACUGGACCCCAAACAACCGGUCAGACAAUUGGCACGAGCAAGUCCGAUUGUGCUGCUCAGUUGUCGCCGAACUCACACGGUUCCAAACUUCUCAUCUGCACGACUUCAUGCCGAAACUCAUCUCUGCUUACAACACGAUUGCGGAUGGGCCGCCGUCUCGCCGACGAUCCUUGUCCCUGCUCUUUUCAGAGUCUUAUCCGCUGACGAGCAAGUCAUCCGAAGCCAAUGAUCAGUUUGAUGAAGCACUCCUUGAACUCUCCUCUCUCAUCUCUACAAUCGCGAAAAUGAAGCUCCCCUCGAACCUCAAGCUCCAGGGACAGGAUCUCACCGAGUACAUCAUCUCCACACUCAUGGUUCUGCGGUCUCUUCUCAAGAAUGACGCAUUUCCAGCCUCGUGGCUCAGCCUGCACAUCUACCACCACUCAUCGGCUUUGACAAUCUUAAACCAUCUCUCGUCGCUUCUCAUUUCUUCGUACCUCCCGACACCGGAAGACGCGGAUGGUUUCGACAUGCAGCUGUGGAAGUCGUUCCUUGAUACGCUCCUCAAGCUCGUAUCGUCGCCUGCGUUGACGCUCGAGCUCUUUCCUGAACAAAAACGCCGUGCCGUGUGGAAAAUUGCAGGCGACGUGCGCCAACAUGGCGCCGAUCUCUUACGCAAAGCCUGGGAGAGCCUGGGUUGGGAAGCUACCGCCGACGACCAGCGACGAUACAAUAUCCGCAGACUGGGAGGCUAUCAAGUGCAGUAUGUGCCCAGUCUUGUAGCGCCUACCAUUAAUCUUUGUCUGAGCAUGCACGAAGGCCUCCGCAAGGUUGCGGUUGAGGUACUGCAAACCAUGAUUGUGAGCGAAUGGGCAUUGAGCGAGGACCUCGAGUUGAUUGAGACGGAAAUCAUCGGUGCGCUGAACUCGAUCCUGAAAGCGAAACCGGUGACGGCGAACGAAGCGGUGAGCCGCAAAGUAUUCAUCGCAGAGUUGCUAGAAUUGUUCUCAACCAUUGCGAAUCAGCCAGAUGAUGCAUUGUGGACGGCGCUUGAGGAGUUGGUGGGAACCAUUGAAGAGUUAGUCGACCUGCUCACCAGCACCGAUCCGGAAGAGGAUCAAUUUGUCAGGAAUUCGUCGACCGUCCCCGCGAACCAGAAUGGACAUGCACAGAGCAAUCAUCAACGGGCCAGCAGCAAGGAUGCGGACUCCCAGACGUCAGAGGCCAAAGAGCUUGCUCGAGCCCGGAGAAGCAUUGAUGGCCUGUCACCAUCGUCGCAGCAACAGCGACAGCAGCACGGCCGCGACCGGGAGUACGGCGUGCACGCACUGGAAUGCUACAAGCAGCUCGCUGAAGAGUAUGAGAGGAACGGUGAUUAUAAGAGGUUGGCCAAGACGCAUCGGGCGAUUGCAAGAAUCCACGAAGCGAGAGCGGCAAGUCGGUAUGGAGGGAGGGAGGCGAACGUGAAUGGGUCACGGAUGGGGGUGAUGGAAGACGAGGGGGAGGAGGACGACUUGUAA